AACAAAAAAUCUCUCGUCAUCCCCAAACCCCCAAUUCAUAUCUGUUCCUCCAUCCCGCCAUCCCGCCAUAAUCAGUCUCACUCUCCCACUCUCCCUCCUCGCCACUCGCACGCGCACUCGCCUUUCCUUCUCCUCCAAUCCCCCGUUCAACUCACACAGUUACUUGGCAGAAAAGAGGUUGCAUAAAAUGGAGCAUCAAAUCGCCAAUCAGAGUUCUUCGAAUGAGGAAUACAGCUCUGCUGGGGGCAGCGGUGCUUUCUCAGAACGUGUGAUCGACUUCACUGGUGAAUUCACAACAAAUGAGAUUUUUAAGAGUAGAGACGAAUUGGUGGAGUGGGCUCGCGAGCGAGGACAUAGUAUUGGUUUGGUGAUUAUUAUCAAGAACUCGGAUACAGGAGGGGUUGGUAGUAAGAAACCCCGAAUAAAAUUGGGCUGUGAAAGGGGUGGCAUUUACAAAAGGAGGAUUGAUGAGAGUGUCCAGAAGAAAAGGCGUAAAAGGAGUGGUACAAAAAAGUGUGGAUGCCCAUUUCUACUGAAGGGUGUGAGCUUGGGUGACUGACGAUGAGUGGAAAUUGGAGGUUAUAUGUGGAGUUCACAACCACCAUGCUGAAAAGAGCAACGCGAGGAGGUUAUCUGAAGAGGAGAAAGCAGUGUUGGUAGAUAUGUCCAAGAGUUCAGCCAAACCCAAAGACAUAUUACGCACUAUUCAAAAGAAUGAUGGACUCAACAUCAAUGAAACAAUGAAAACAAUUUAUAAUGUCAGACAACGGUUGAAGUUGAAAGAGAAUGCUGUGAGAUCACAGAUGCAUGUAUUGCUAAAUAAGUUAUCCGAUCACAAAUAUAUUGAGUGGCAUAGGAGCUCAGAUGACAAUAGUAUGGUGAAAGAUCUGUUUUGGACUCACCCUGCUAGUGUAGAUGUCUUACGUGCAUUCCCCCAUGUCCUAAUCAUGAAUUGCAUAAGUGAGACGUAUUAUUUUCCCCUUUUAGAGAUCGUAGGGGUGACUUGUACUAAUAUAACCUUCUCAGCUGCAUUUGCUUACCUUGAUGCUAAGAAUGAAGACAAUUACAUAUGGGCUUUGAGUAGAUUGAGGGCUGUGUUGGAUGAACAUUGUCUUCCUACAGUUAUUGUCAUGGACAAAGACUUGCCUCUCAUGAGUGCCGUCCAUAGUAUUUUUCCAAGUGCCCGACAUUUGUUGUGUAAAUUACAUAUCAGCAAACAUGUGUUGGCAAAGUGUAAGGACAUGUUUGAGGGUAAAGAUCAGUUGGAUAAGUUCAUGAUGAGUUGGAAUAUGUUGGUGUUAUCGGAGACAGGGCACGAGUAUCAAAGCCGUCUGCAUGAGCUUGAUUAUUAUUUUGGUAGAUAUCCACAUGCACUUGAAUAUGUGAAGAACACUUGGUUGAACGAGUAUAAAGAGAGGUUUGUGUCUGUAUGGACAGAUACAUGUAUGCAUUAUGGCCACGCGACGUCAAAUAGGGUGGAAGGCGCAAGUGCAAAACUGAAAAAACUACUUGGCAACAGCCGAGGUAGUUUCGAAAUGUCUUGGGAAAGGAUUCACUCCUUGUUAGAGUUGCAACAUGAAGACAUCAAGGUAUCACUUGAGAAGUGUUUGGCCGUCGUCCAACACAAUUUCAUGCAUGAUGAAUUGAAGGAGUUGCGAGGUUUUGUAUCCACAUUUGCUUUGAGCACAAUUGUUUGUGAGUCGAAGAAAGCCAAUUUGGUGGGGGUGGAUUAUUCGUCAUGUGGUUGCACCAUUCGACGCACACAUGGAUUGCCCUGUGUGCAUGAGAUUGCAGAGUAUAGACAAACUCAUCGCCCCAUUCCACUUUAUUGUGUUGAUCCUUAUUGGAAGAAAUUGGAUUUGUUGUACUCCCCAAAGUUUAGUGACCACACAACUCACGUAAUUACAAAAAUGUAUAGGAUCUUAAAGCAGUGGAUGGAUAGCGAUGAGGAUGGCAGGGUAGAUAUUAGUACAAAGUUGGAGGAGAUUCUGAAUAUGGAGUCAAUCACCAAGACUACCGAGCAGCCAAGUAGAAUUGGCACGACCACUCAUUGCAAUCUUUCUACCUUUGAGUUGGCUUUGUCCUGUCAAGUAAGUCAUUCACCAGCUGACAGGGUUGCCGCAGUCACUACCACUUCCCACUCGGAGAAAACAACGAGGCAUCCACCCAAGAUGAAGGCGCUCAGGAUGUCUCCUCUCACUUCUUCUACGCUGAAAGAGCAGUUUCCUACUGCUUUGAAGCCAUAUAUUUCCUCAAUUAGGGAUUUUACAGGUGAUGGUAAUUGUGGUUAUCAAGUUAUAGCUGGAUUGAUGGGUUUUGGUGAUGACUCUUGGAGCAAGGUACGCAGAGAAUUGUUGAAUGAGUUGCGUUCUCAUCAAACACAUUAUGAGAAGCUUUUCAGUAGACAUGAUAGGGUUGACGAGCUUAUGCAUGCACUCUCAUUCUUUGAGGAUUCACCACCAUAUGAUAGGUGGUUGACCAUGCCUGAUAUGGGACACAUUAUCGCAUCAUGCUAUAAUGUAGUUGUGAUCUAUUUAUCCAUGUCAUUAUGUCUCACAUUUUUGCCAACGAGGACUGUGUCAUUGCCCUUGUUAGAGCGCCGACAUAUUGCCAUUGGUUCAGUCAGUGACGACCACUUUGUUCAGAUUUAUAUGUUUCCAGGGCAUCCAAUGCCACCUGUUUCGGAAUGUUGGCACCGAGUUUGCCUACCAGGUACUGAUGGUUGGCAAAUCCCAUACGCUGAACGUAUUCUACGAUUUAGACAGACUUUUGGUUCGGAUGUAGCUACUCAAGAGAUGCAGUCGCUCAAUAACUGUUGACAUGAUCUGAUCGAUAUUCUUUUUGGUCAGCGGUUGACACUCAAUUUUUCAUUGGUUGCUAAUACAUUGUUACAACACUCUGUGAAUAGUUAUAAGAUUGUACAGUGUUCAAGUUUUUCCUUUUUCCGA